GUCUGUCCAGGCCCGAGUUAGCGGCGCGCGCCAGUGUUCUCUCUGCUCGGAAACAUGUCUUCCACCCUCUCGAAGAGUCCCUCCUUGCGCCGCGUGUUCGUGGUGGGGGUUGGCAUGACCCAGUUUUUGAAGCCUGGCACCCGGGACUAUCCUGACAUGGCAAAAGAAGCAGGCCAGAAGGCUUUAGCUGAUGCACACAUCCCUUACUCAGCCGUGGAGCAGGCAUGCGUGGGAUAUGUUUACGGUGAUUCUACCUGUGGGCAGAGGGCUAUCUACCACAGUUUGGGACUGACGGGAAUUCCUAUAAUUAACGUCAACAAUAACUGUUCUACUGGUUCCACUGCUCUGUUUAUGUGCCAGCAGCUGGUUCAGGGAGGUUUGGCAGAUUGUGUCUUGGCCCUUGGGUUUGAGAAGAUGGAGAAGGGAUCCCUUAACAUGCAAUUUUCAGAUAGGACCAAUCCACUGGAUAAACAUGUUAAAGUCAUGGUCAAUAAAUUUGGAUUAGCUGCGGAUCCAGUGGCUGCUCAGAUGUUUGGAUCUGCUGGAAAAGAGCACAUGGAAAAAUAUGGGACAAAAAUAGAACAGUUUGCAAAAAUUGGUUGGAAAAACCAUAAACAUUCAGUUAAUAACAUAUAUUCCCAAUUCCAGAAGGAAUACAGUUUAGAGGAAGUGAUGAAAUCUCGAAAAGUUACUGAUUUUUUGACUGUCUUGCAGUGUUGUCCCACUUCAGAUGGUGCCGCAGCAGCCAUUUUGGCCAGUGAACCAUUUGUACAGAAAUAUGGCCUGCAGUCCAAAGCUGUGGAAAUUCUGGCACAAGAGAUGGUGACGGAUUUCCCAAGCUCAUUUGAAGAGAAAAGCGUCAUUAAAACGGUUGGUUUUGAUAUGAGUAAAGAAGCUGCCAGAAAGUGCUAUGAGAAAUCUGGCCUGACACCAAAUGAUGUUGAUGUAAUAGAACUCCAUGAUUGCUUUUCUGUCAACGAGCUCCUUACUUAUGAAGCACUGGGACUCUGUCCGGAAGGGCAAGGUGGAAAACUGGUUGAUCAAGGAGAUAAUACUUAUGGAGGAAAGUGGGUCAUAAAUCCUAGUGGUGGAUUGAUUUCAAAAGGACACCCACUUGGUGCUACAGGUCUGGCUCAGUGUGCCGAACUCUGCUGGCAGCUGAGAGGGGAAGCCGGAAAAAGGCAAGUUCCCGGUGCAAAGGUUGCACUGCAGCACAAUUUAGGCCUUGGAGGAGCCGUCGUUGUAACACUGUACAGGAUGGGUUUUCCCGAAGCUGUCAGUUCUCUUAGAACUCAUCACAUUGAGGCUGCUCUGACGGGCUCUGCAUCGGAUGGUUUUAAGGCAGAUCUUGUCUUCAGAGAGAUUGAGAAGAAGCUUGAAGAGGAAGGAGAACAGUUUGUGAAGAAGAUCGGUGGUGUGUUUGCCUUCAAGGUGAGGGAUGGCCCCGGGGGUAAAGAGGCCACCUGGGUGGUGGACGUGAAGAACGGCAAAGGCUCAGUGCACCCUAACUCAGAUAAGAAGGCUGACUGCACCAUCACAAUGGCGGACUCGGACUUACUGGCUCUAAUGACGGGCAAGAUGAAUCCCCAGUCGGCCUUCUUUCAAGGCAAACUGAAAAUCACCGGUAACAUGGGGCUGGCUAUGAAGUUACAGAAUCUCCAGCUUCAGCCGGGCAAAGCUAAGCUGUGAAGAGCCCCACCUCUGGCCGCUGCCUUUGAAAAUCAGCCUGAGAUGCGUAGAAAUCAAUUCAUGUAUUUCCUUGUCAGAAAGUAGACAGAAGCUAAGCGUCGACAAAUAACCCGGGGUAGGUUUGUUCUUAAAUGAGUGUGACCGAAGCUGGCUGGUUUGUUGUUUUCUCUCCUAAACGCUGGGUGGAUGGAGUCCGGCCGGCGGCUUGCUGUGCAUUACAAAGUUAAUAUGGUAAUUAUGGUAUGAGGUAACACUGCGCUUCAGGACAAAAUCAGGAACAGUAAAAUCCCAAACUGUGUAAACAAAGGCUCUCAUUUUGCUUACAGAGGAUAUUUAAGGAUCACCCUGCUGCAGAUUCAAUUUCGGAGUUUUCCUUGGGAGAACUUGGGAAGAACCACCCCGUAGCUGCCCAGGAACGAGUGCUGUGCACUCACGCACCAAAUCUGUUUUCCACUGAUAGUUUUCAAAACUCUCAACCGGGGUUAAAAUACGAUGAUUUCUAAUUUUGCUGUUCUGUGCACUCAAAAUGAUGGUUUUUUCUGCCCAGAGCCACUAAAUAUCCGUAGACCUUGGGAGAAAACAAAAGAAAGCUAUAGCUUAGCAUAGUCCUUUGUGUAAAUAAAGAAAGCUAUUUUCAAGAAGGUUUCCCUUUUUGAAAAACGCCGUGUAUUUAAGUCACGAACCACCGUGGGGACUCACUGCACAGAGGACAGUUCCUUUGACAUGCACAGCUUUCAAAUGAUAAUCGGUUCCUUGAACUAAACCUGUGAAGCUCUUAGCUCUUCAUUAUAGAGUUUCCUUUUUUCAUAGACAUUUCCUUUCAUUGAUGAUGCUCAUUUAAUUAAUCUUUCCCCCUGAUUUUUCUAAUGCUGAUGUUACUAUUUCCUAUAAUGAGAUAUGGGGUAAAAUAAUGCUCUGGAAAGAAUCUUUAAUAAAAACGAAAACAGCUUCCCCGGA